GAGCGCUAGGCCAGCAGACUCACUCAGAUGCAGCCGACAUCCAAACGUCUGCUCUGUGUGUGACCGUUGCUAGCCUUCCUUUACCGCCUCUCGAGGAUAAGCGCUACAAUGACCGUCAGCAUAGCGAGAUAAGGAAAGAGAGAGAGGACGUACAGGACUGACCAUGUGAACGUUUCCCAGAAUAAGGCCGGCCAAAAGCUACAAAUGGAGCGUGUUGAGGAUAUGGAUCAUAUCCAAUAAACUAAGCUGCUUAUGUGUUACCUUCAGAGGGUUCCGAUCCAUGACCUUUCCCCCUCCCCAAAGACACCCUAAACCAUCUAGAUCCCAACCCAUCCACCACCUCUCCUCCACCCACCGCUAUCCAACCAGGACCUCGAAUGGAACUACCAAACCCGAUCUAAGAUGGCCGUCUUAAAGGUGAAAUUCACCAAGACCAGCCGGGACAAGCUUGCCCAGGUUCUGUGGAUCUUGAACUGGAUCUCUGUGGUGACAGGGGUCAUCUUGUUCAGCCUGGGUCUGUUCCUCAAGGUGGAGAUCAACAAGCGCUGGGAGCUGAUGGCUGAGAGAGACAUCCAGUACGUCCCCAACAUGCUGAUCGCCGUGGGCCUCGUCGCCUGUGGCAUCAACUUCCUGGGUGGGAAAAUCUGCUACGACUGUGUGGACAACACCAAGUUCCUGCGCUGGAAACUCCUGAUGCUCCCGUACAUUGUCUGUACUUUCUUCUUCACCUUCUCCGUCCUGGUGGGGGCGCUCAUGUGCUACGGGAUGCGCAGCGAGCUGGAGGAGUCUCUGACCCUGGGGCUCCGGGACGCCAUGCGCUACUACAAGGACACAGACACGCCGGGGCGGUGCUUCCUGAAGAGCACUGUGGACCUGCUGCAGAUCCAGUUCCAGUGCUGUGGGAACGCGGGUUUCAAGGACUGGUUCCAGAUCCAGUGGGUCAGCAGCCGCUACCUGGACCUGAGCAGCAAGGAGGUGGUGGACCGUCUGCGGAGCAACGUAGAGGGGAAGUACCUGAUGGACGGGGUGCCCUUCAGCUGUUGUAACAUCGACUCCCCCCGGCCCUGCAUCCAGCACCAGAUAACCAACAACUCAGCCCACUUCAACUACGACUACCAGACAGAGGAGCUGAACCUGUGGAUGAAGGGCUGCCAUCAGGCCCUGCUGGAACACUACACCAGCAUCAUGCAGUCCAUCGGUCUGAUCGUCCUCAUCAUCUGGCUGUUCGAGCUGUCGGUGCUGACGGGGGUUCGCUACCUCCAGACCUCCCUGGAGAACCUGCUGAGGCAGGGGGACCCCAACUCUGAGUCUGAAGGUUGGCUGCUGGAGAACAGCUUUGUGGAGACGGCCCGCUCCAACUUCAACAUCAUUAAGAGCCUGGGGAAGAACAACCAAAUCCACACGGCCGACAACGGCGACCCCAACAUGGACGUCCCCUCCACGGCCCACUAUGGCCCCGAUAACUUGCCCCCGAGCAGACACCCGUGGAGGGUUGACCACGGAGUUGAGACCUCGUCUCAGAGCCCCCUCUCCUGA